GGUUCACUUUCACAGCCUAAACUACCUAUUUUAGUACCAACCCACCUUUGGCAUACAUAUUAAUUCAUUCUUGAUCAUAAUUAUAAUAUAAUGGCAACAAUUGGAGAAACUCAACCCGCGAAACACCAAGAAGUUGGCCACAAGAGCCUCCUUCAAAGCGAUGCGCUUUAUCAAUACAUUCUUGAAACGAGUGUUUACCCAAGAGAGCCCGAAUCCAUGAAAGAGCUACGUGAGGUCACUGCUAAACACCCUUGGAAUCUCAUGACAACAUCAGCUGAUGAAGGACAGUUUUUGAACAUGCUUCUUAAGCUCAUAAACGCUAAGAACACUAUGGAAAUCGGUGUAUACACCGGUUAUUCCCUUCUUUCUACCGCUCUUGCUCUCCCAGAAGAUGGCAAGAUAUUGGCUUUAGACAUAAACCGUGAGAAUUACGAAAUUGGACUUCCAAUUAUCGAGAAAGCCGGUGUAGCCCACAAGAUCGACUUCAGAGAGGGCCCUGCUCUGCCUCUUCUUGACCAAAUGGUGGACGAUGUCAAGUUCCAUGGAUCAUUCGAUUUUAUUUUUGUGGAUGCUGACAAAGACAACUACCUUAACUACCACAAGAGACUAAUUGAUCUUGUCAAAAUCGGGGGAGUCAUUGGCUACGAUAACACCCUUUGGAACGGGUCGUUGGUCGCCCCUGCUGAUGCACCCCUCAGGAAGUAUGUCAGGUAUUACAGGGAUUUCGUGCUAGAGCUCAACAAAGCAUUGGCUGUUGACCCACGUGUGGAAAUUUGCCAGCUUCCCGUUGGUGAUGGAAUCACUUUGUGCCGUCGUAUAAGCUAAUCAAAAAUCGUGGGUUACUUGUAAUUCCUUUGCGUGUUGACACCUUUUCUUGAUUUUAUUACCUACUUUUCUGUUAUUAUAUCUUUAUCUCGCUUUCAUGUA